GUAAGGUCGUUCCCAUGGAUCCCGUUUCCAAUGCUGUGCACAUCCAGAUGCCUGCGCCGGCCCAACAAUCCUCUCCUCGCCAGGCCCCGCCACCGACGGGCGUCCUUCCGCCGGCGGACAAGACGCUGUCGAGCGCGUCGGACCUCCUGAAGCUCCUGCCGACGGGUACGGUGCUGGCCUUCCAGGCGCUGGCGCCUUCCUUCAGCAACAACCACGGCGUCUGCCACGCGGCCAACCGGUGCCUGGUCCUGGCGCUCAUCGGCGGCUGCGCCGCCUCCUGCGUGCUCCUCUCCUUCACGGACAGCCUCGUCGGCCGCGACGGCAGGCUCUACUACGGCGCGGCCACGCUCGGGGGCUUCUACCCUUUCAACUUCACCGGCACGCGCGGCGAGCGGGACGCGGUGUUCAAGGACCUCUCCAGGUUCCGGGUCACGCCCAUGGACUUGGUGCACGCCGUCGUCUCCGCGCUCGUGUUCCUCGCCGUCGCGUUCGCCGACGCCGGCAUACAGGGCUGCCUCUUCCCGGACGCCCGGACGGACACGAGGGAGCUGCUGGUCAACUUGCCGCUUGCCGCUGGCUUCCUCGCUAGCAUGGUGUUCAUGAUCUUCCCCACUACCAGGAAGAGUAUCGGCUACACGGAUAUGAUGCCCCACUCGCAGUGACCACACUCACCAAACGUGGUGGAGCUCGUUCAUUCCCCUGGUCUUGUCUUAAGCCAAUCCAUUUUAAACUUGACCAAACUAAUACGAGAGCAUCACCUUUAGGUUUCAAAAUUGGUAUUGUUUAUUUUUUUAUCUCAUGUAUAUUUUUUUUCUACUAUUAUUUAGCCUUCUUCAUUUCAAAGUG